AUGAUUGAGCUUGGCUUAAAUCGCAUCAGUCGUCUUUUGAGGCAUACUCCUCAACCUUGGAAAGCCAUUCAUGUUGCAGGUACCAAUGGAAAAGGUUCGAUAUGUGCCUAUUUGUCUGCCAUGCUACAUGCCAGUGGUGUUCGAUGUGGCAGAUUCACAUCACCUCAUUUAAUUGAUAGGUGGGAUUGUAUUACUAUCGAUGAACAACCAAUUCGAGAAUCGAUUUUCCGCGAAGCUGAAGCUCUAGUGUUAAAGAGAAAUCAAGCAGAGAAUCUCCAAGCAUCCGAAUUCGAACUACUCACGGCCACGGCAUUCGAAGUAUUUUAUAAAGAGAAAGUAGAGAUGGGAGUCAUCGAAGUUGGUUUGGGGGGACGAUUAGAUGCAACAAACACUAUGGUGAAUAAAGCGGUCACCAUAAUCUCCAAGAUUGGUCUAGACCAUCAAUCAUUCCUAGGAAACACAAUCGAAGAAAUAGCUCGAGAAAAAGCUGGAAUCAUGAGACCUGGUGUUCCAUGUGUUUUGGAUAGGAGCAAUAUAUCUUCGGUGCGGGAUGUCGUCUCAAAUUAUGCCAAAGAAAUUAGAACAGAUGUGGUUAUCAGUUCUACUGAAUCGGCAUUUUUGGAUGAAAUCAAAGGACAAGAUCUCGAACCACAUCAAUUGGAAAAUCUAGCUUGCGCAUAUACAGCAUUUCAUCUCGCAUAUACUAAAUUGGAAUCUCCUCUGCAUCGAUUAUUGCCAGCCAUACAAAAUAUACAUUGGCCCGGUAGGCUUCAAACUACUGAUGUUAGAGCUGUGACAGGUCGAAAAGAACCUAUACUACUCGAUGGCGCACACAACGUUCAAUCCGCAGAAGUUCUUGGUUCAUAUGUCAAUGGAAAGCUUCGGGCAAAAUCAAACAAAGUAACCUGGGUAUUAGCUGCAUCUCAAGGCAAAGAGCUCGAUGGAAUUAUGAAAGAGAUUUUAAGAGAAGGUGACUGUGUAGCAGCAGUUCAGUUUGGACCCGUGGAUGGAAUGCCAUGGGUUCAAGCUAUGGAUACAGAAGAUAUAUUACAUGCAGCUUCUACAGCAGGUGUUUCUACCACUUGCCUUCAUGAUUCAGCAGCCGAUAUUUCUGGAGCACUAAGAUGGGCAGCCACUGUUGCUCAAGGUGGUCCUAUCGUUGUGGCAGGUAGUCUUUAUUUAGUUUCAGAUGUACUACGACUGCUCAGGGAUGCCGAGAUGGUAAAAAGUUCAUUGCUAGAUUAG